CACGCUGGUGAGCCUUUCUCGUUCUGUAUAACGUCGUUGCUAUUAUCUUUGACCAGUCUCAAAUUUAUUCCAUAUGUAUUGAACCUAUUUCCUGACUUUACCGCCCGGCUGACCUCGUCCCAAAUUCGGUCCAUCAUCAAGCCGCCUUCCCCGCGAUUAUUUCCCCAGAUUCCCCUCCCCUGUCGCUCCAAGCCUUCCGGCAUCUCCUUCCUCAACGGUCGGAGCUCUCCCCAUGCAUUCCCCUUCCCGGACUUCAUCUAUACCCUCAUCUCCCACAUGCGCCCCAAUAUCUCCGCCACGAGGACAUCAGGCAACUGCCGGAUCGCCUCUCUUGGUAUUUCUUCUUCCCACCUCGCCUGCGACGGAUAAAAGCAUUCCUCGAUGCCGCCAUCCCGACACCACUCUAUUUUCCGUCCUAGCUCCUUCAGGUCAAUAUAUAUCCCACCCACCCAUUUGCCGGCGCGUCCUCCUCCGCCCAGCCAGGGAGGCAGCUUCAUUUAUUGAACGGUGAUUAUAGGCGGAUAUACACCACGCCGUGGCAAGUGCUCACAUCGAUGUGAAUAGAGGAGGGUCAUCAGACAACAGUCUGCGAAGAACAGGUUUGAGUCUCUUUCCGUUUGCAUCUCAGCGCCCCGCGCGUCUUUUCGUGCUGGUGCUGCUCGGAUGCUGCAGCCGAGAAGAUGAAGACGUCCUGUGCGUGGUGCAGCCAGCUCCCGCAAAAGCCAUAUAUAUCCCCCGUUUAUCCCCCUAUCUUUCUCAGAUCGAGAGUCUCUUGUUAUAUUAGCAUAUCAAAGACCCGCUCAAUAUGGUUUCCUUCACCUUUCUUGGCCUCGGCCUCCUGGCCCCUAUCGUUGCCGCCCAUGGCACAGUGAGCGGCAUCAUCGCCGACGGAAAAUACUACGUGGGCUACAACCCCUCCUUCCAGUGGGCCAACCCCAUCCCAUCUGUCGUCGGCUGGUCCAUCCCCACCGACCUCGAUAACGGCUUCAUCGCCCCCUCCGCCUUCUCCACCUCCGACGUCAUCUGUCACAAGGUAGCCACCCCGGGCCAAGACACCGCCCCCAUCACCGCCGGCUCAACCCUAACUCUCGAAUGGACCCCCUGGCCCGUCUCCCACCACGGACCAGUCAUCGACUACCUCGCCCCUUGCAACGGGCCCUGUAAGUCGGUCGAUAAGACCGCGCUGCGCUGGUUCAAAAUAGAUGGCGUUGGGCUCCUCUCCGGCAGCAACCCAGGUAACUGGGCAACUGACACCCUCAUCGCGAAUAACAACACCUGGACCGUUAAGAUCCCAGCUGAUAUCGCGCCGGGAGAGUAUGUCCUGCGCCACGAGAUCAUCGCAUUGCAUGCGGCGGGGCAGGCGGAUGGGGCACAGGAUUACCCGCAGUGUGUGAACCUCAAUAUCAAGGGCAGUGGCACCAAGAAGCCAACGGGCGUGGCGAUGGUGGGGUUGUAUACCCCGACGGAUCCGGGGAUUCUGUUUAAUCUUUAUACUUCGUUUUCGAGUUACCAGAUUCCUGGACCGGCGGUGUACGUGUCAUCGUAGGGGGUAGGAAGAGAGAUAUGAUAGUG